GCGUUUUACGUAAUUACGUGUUUUUAUUUCUUUCAACAAGCCGAGUUUAGUCCGCCGCAAUUUAUCUAGACAGUGCUUUUGCUGACUUCCUAGUAAGUAGUAGUAGCUGCCUAGUACCACUGAUAUUGUAUCCCUUCGAGUGAUAUUUGUUACGCCUUUUUUUUUUUUACGCCCCAAAGUGGACAAGCAAUGACAUUGUGCAACAGGUGUAUUUAAACCUCCGAGCUGUUUCCAACGGCCGAUGAGGAGGUGGUGAUAUAAUGACACCGUCACUUAGAAGUUGACAUUCAGAUGGAACGAGAUCUUCCGAUGAUGGCUAAAUUGGAAAUAAAAAGCAAAUUUGACGCCGAGUUCCGUCGUAUCUCGUUACCCAAAACAGACGUUGGCACUUAUGAACAUUUUAGAAUUCUCAUUGAACGUCUACACAAGUUGAUUGAGGUGCCUUUUGUACUGUCAUAUACGGACCCUAAGGAUGGUGAUCUAUUACCAAUCAACAAUGACGAUAAUUUAGGACGAGCGGUUUUAACAGCCAAACCAUUAUUAAGGAUAAUCGUACAACGCAAAGGUGAAAGUCUUGAAGAAUUGAAUGGAUAUGGUACAUAUAGGCCUCGUAACAUAAUAUCAUCAAUUUUGGGUGGUACACCUAGCAAAGCAAAACAUCUUUGGAUAUCAAACCCUCAGGAUUUUCGACAAGUGUCUGCAAUUAUCGAUGUAGACGUAGUUCCAGACACAUGUCGGCGAGUUCGACUACUUAAACAUGGUUCAGAACGGCCAUUAGGUUUCUAUAUUAGAGAUGGCACAAGUGUGCGAGUUAGUCCUUCUGGUGUGGAAAAAGUCCCUGGUAUUUUCAUUUCCAGAUUAGUUCCAGGAGGGUUGGCAGAAAGUACUGGACUAUUAGCUGUCAAUGAUGAGGUUUUAGAAGUAAAUGGUAUUGAAGUGGUCGGUAAAACUUUGGACCAGGUAACAGAUAUGAUGGUAGCCAAUAGUCAUAACCUGAUUGUUACUGUAAAACCGGCUAAUCAGCGAACUACAAUGUCAGCACCCCGGCGAGGUUCUUUAUCAAGAACGUCACAGUUAUCUAGUGGAUCACAACAAUCAGCGCAUAGUGCUGCUACCACAGUUAAUACCUCUGAAGAAGAUGACCAAGAUGAAGUGGUAGAUUUAACUGCAGGUUUAGCUUUACAAGUAGCUAAUGAAUCUACUAGUACUACAGACCAAUAGGCAUAAAAGGUACUUGUCACUUUUUCUCAAAACAUUAACUAUGUGUCUAAAAAAGAAAUGAGCUUAUACUGUAUUAUUGUUAAGUUAAUAGGACAUUAUCAUUCCAAAAAAAUUAAAUUAUAAUUAAUUAGUCUUAUUUUUGAUGUUAGAUCAUUUGUCUUCCACUUCAUGUUUUCAAAUGUUUAAUAGUUGUAGUUUAGUAUAUAUGUUUUAUAAAAUAGUUAAACUCAAAAAAUUAAUACUAACAUUAUUCAAAGUGACACUUCAUUUAAUAGUACACUAUGCUACUCAGUUUCUGUAACCUACAAUAUUUCAUUAUCCAAAUAAUAUAAAAAAAGUUUCCUUGUGAAUAUUCGGUUAGGUUGACAUUGUUGACAAUUUAAAACUGAACAUUUUAAUUAAUUUUUUUCUAGAUGAAUACCCAUUUUAUUAAUCAAAAUUACUACAUUUCUAUUGACAACAAUACUAAAAUACUCUUGUUCCGUACAUUUUUCAUUUCCUUCUGAUCUCAAAAAAAAAAAAAAAAAUUAUCUGGUUAUAAUCUUAACAUUCCAAUAUUACACAAAAUAUGUAGACUGAAAAUAGACAAAAUUCCUUUUAGUAAAUAUAUUUUUUAUCUAUUAAAUCUGAUCUAAUAUGAUAAUUUCUUUAAAAAAAAUUAUUUAUUUAUGUCAAUUUAUGUACAUUUAGUGAUUGGUUUUGUGAUAUUAUUACACACUAUUUUAUAAUUUACAUAUAAUUAACAAUUUAGUAUAUUAAUAUACUUGUAAUCUAUCACCCAUAAAGUAUUUUGUAAAAUUGAUUCAUAUUAUUUCUAUCAAUUUAAAAUAAUUAUUUUCAAAUAAGUAAAGUUUGCAAACAAAUAUCCGUCCAUUAUAGGUAUAUAUUCAGUUCAAUUUAAUAAACAUACUUGACGACAACCAAUUUUUGUCAGGCAGCAGUCAAGCAACACCUUUUUGACACUCACACUAAUUCAACCAUCUGUAGACUGUCAUGUCGUGAGGUGGGCACAAUUUGAUCGCUGAGUAUGUUUCUUAAGUUGAACAGAGUAUAGAUGUAUAUAUAUUUUUUAAAUGUUAAAUGUACUUCCUGUAUACGUCAUUUUUGUGUUGAUCAUCAUUAUUACUUAGUAUUAUCAUCAUCAUCCAUUAUUAUUAUUAUUAUUAUUAUUAUCAUUAUUAUUAUUACUAUCAUUAUUAUUAUUGGAAUUAUAAAUAUAUCAUGUUAAUGUCCAAAGCAAUUGAUAAAUAAUCACACUUAUAAAAAUUAUCAAAUAAUUUUAUAUUUGUAAUCACUGUUAAUGUUUUAUUUUUGUAUUAAAUAAUAUAGUCUAAUAUUUUUUUUUUAUUAUUAGAAAAAUAAACAAUUGAGCAUUAACAUUUGUUUAAUCAAACAUUAAUGAAAAAUAAGUAUACUUAUAGAUAAAAUAUAUUUUGAGAAUAUGAAUUUAUUUAAAAAAACAUACUAAAUGUACAAACAUAUAUUUGUAUAAUAAUACAUUUUCUAUUAAUAAUGUUAAAUAAAAAUGAACAGAUGUACAAAAUUUUAAAAAUAAUACAAUUUAUUUUGUUUUUUAUAAACUAUACUCCUAUCCGAUAUAAAAAAAUUACUAAUUUAAUUAAUUAAUACUAAAGUACUUAACUAGAUACACACACACAUAUUAUAUCAAAAUUGCAAUCAUUUAAAAAAAUUUUAAUUCAUCCUUUACACAAGUAAUAUUAAAACAUAAUAUUGCUAAUUAUAGUUGUUAAAAUCAAUAAAGUAAUGUAAUCAUUAAACUAAUUUUUGUUAUAUUAUUAUUAUUUCUUGAUAGACUUAACAAGUUUCAUAAAUAGUUGUUAACAAGAUUUUUUAUUUUUAAAGUUCCUUAUAAUAGUAUAGCAAAAAUCAUUUCAAUAUUAAGCACAUAUAUUAUUUUUGUUAAUUUUAAUGGCUUAAUAAUAAUUUUAAUAAUAUCAUAUCAGUAUUUUUGUAAAUUUAAUAAUUAUAAUUAACAGAUAUACUCAUUUGUUUUAAACAUAUUUCAAUAUAAAUAACACAUUUAAAUUAUUUUGUAUACAAAUAAAUUAAUAAUAUAUUGAUUAGUACUCACUAUAGAAAUUUUAACAUCUAUACAGUUUGUAGUUUAACAAUUGUAUGUUUUUACUUAAUGUAUUAAUCAAAAUGUAUCUUAAUUUUUAUCUUAAAGUGCAAAUUAAUUUUACUAUCUCUACGGCUAUUUAUAACAAAUACAAUAAUAUUAUAUACUAAUUUUAUUGUAUAGUUUUAAUAGUCUGUACUUAAAUUAUAAGAGAAAGAAAAGAUUUAUUUUAUCAUAAAAGAUGAAAAAUACAAAAUUUAAGAGGAAUAAUAUAUUGUGUGCAAUAGUUAUAUUUUUUCAACUUAAUCUGUAUUUAAAUUGUAUUAGGAAUAUCAUUUUGUAUUUACUUGGUAUAUAUAAAUCUGUAUAAAACAUUGUUUUAUAUUAUAGGUAUACAAAUAUAUAUAUUUUUCUAAGUGUAAUAAGUAUUUAAUUUGUAUUACCAAAUUCAUGUAUUAUGUGUAUUAUUAUUUAUUUUUAUUAAUUAAUUAUUGAAUAUUACCGAUGUUCUUAUUAUUGUAUUUUGAUUUUUGAUUUAUUAUAAUUUUUGGAGCGUUUGUUGCCCAAUAUUCUUACAUUUGUAUUUUUAUUAAAAUUAUCAAUAAAUAAAUCUACUUAGACUGCCACUUAGACAUAGACUUCUCAAAACCACAACCAAUUACUUUCCCUGUUUAGGGUAUCUAUUGUUUACAGAUUUCUCAAACUUUAUUACCUUUUUCUUUCUCGAGACAUUUAAACCUUAUUAACAAAAUAUUAAUUUAUUGAACCCUACUUAAACCCAUAUAGACCUAUGGAAUCCAGUUCUGGAGUUUUGCCAAGCCAUCCAACAUAAACUGUGUAUCCUAAAACUCUAGUCCUAGCGUUCCAUCAAAUCAUUAAAUUCCCAUAUUAUGUAUGUAACUACACUACUAAAAAGGAUGCCACGCCCACAUGUGUUAUAUCUUUCUUACAAACACACAACAUAUCAAUUUUAUGUUCAGUAAAACCCAUUAUGUGUUGCUGGCUUUAAAAUUAAAGUGAAUUAGUGACAUAUUAUCAAAGUUAAAAGUAAGAACAUUAUUUUGGUUCUUUUGUUUAAUAUUUUAAUUUUUAAUUAAAUAAGAGUGUGUAAUAUAUUACAAAUUAAAAAUGAUCAUAUCAAGAAAAAAUAUCAAUGCUCAAACGCUUAUAAAUUUCUUACUUUUAAUUUUGAUAAUAACCAAUAGUCAGUUCACUCUAAUAUUAAAAGGAUGUCGGCGCAAUAUUUUUUUUCUCUCACACACCCACACGCAAUAAAGAUUAGACACUUUCAGUUUUCACCUAAAAUCGUUAUUUUUAUAACUUUUGAGUAGUUUUAGUUAGACUUUCAAAAAAAAAAAAAAAAUUAUGUUAAUUUAAAUGUAUAAAUGGUUUUGAGAUAAUAUUAGGACAAAUGAGCAUGUCAUACCCUCAGAAAUAUUAUUCUCUAUCAUUUUUGUAAUGGGUGAUUUUACUCUAAGAUUACUCAAAAACAUAAAAAAAUUAUUCUAUGUAAAUGCGUUUUGCUUAUGUUGCGCAUGGGCCAAAAAGAGAAACAAACAGUGCGUUUAUAUGCUCUUAAUAUUAAUGAGUUCUACUGAACGCAAUUUUGCUAUGUUGUAUGUUUGUAAGACAGAGACAACACGAAUCGCGGACGAAAAAUUAUAAAAAGUUGAACCAUAUAAGUCCGGAUUUAUUUUUUAUAGUCAGACAAAAAGUCUGAAGAAGAAAAUACAAAAUAUUUUAUAUACCUAAUUAAUAUUUAUUUUAAAAAUUUAAAAAUGCUGUACACAUAUUAUUAUAUUUUCGUAUAGCUAACAAAAAUAUAACGGAAAUUCACUAUAGUAGUAUAGUUAGGUACCUA